GUCUUUUCAGCCUUCAUGAUUGGAAUCCAAUGACACUCGUAGCUUCAUUGAAGUUUCCUUGAUAAAGACAGCAUUUAACUAGCUCUUUGCAGACUUUUGCUACCACUAUCCACACUUUGCUUCAGAUCUCAUCCAAGCAAAACCAGUCCCCGAUAUUGUUUCCUUUUCAACUUUUGCAUUUCUGAAAAUGGCUGAGGCUUUACUUGGAGCUGUGUUUGAGAAAUUGCUCUCCCUAGCUCAGAAUGAAUUUGCAACCAUGUCUGGAAUCCAGGGAAAGGCUAAGAAGCUAUCAAACACUCUUGAACUGAUCAAGGCUGUUGUUGAAGAUGCUGAGGAGAAACAGAUAACAAACAAACCUAUAAAGGUUUGGCUGCAGCAGCUCAAAGAUGCUGUGUACAUCCUAGAUGAUAUCCUUGAUGAAUGUUCCAUAGAAUCACUUCGACUUAAAGGAUUGUCCUCUUUAAAACCGAAGAGCAUCAAAUUUCGCUAUGAGAUUGGCAACAAGCUGAAAGAGAUUUCUAGGAGAUUUGAUGAGAUUGCUGACCAGAAGAACAAGUAUGUUCUGCAAGAGGUUGUCAGGGAAAGGUCAACUGAUGUAGCUGAAUGGCGCCAAACCAGCUCGAUAAUUCCCCAAGCUAAACUAUAUGGAAGAGAAGAUGAUAAGGAGAAGAUUGUGAAGUUUCUUCUCAGCCAAGCACGCGAGUCUGACUUCCUCUCCAUCUAUCCUAUUGUCGGCUUAGGAGGCAUGGGAAAAACAACACUUGCUCAAAUGGUCUACAAUGAUGAUCAGGUAACAAGCAAUUUCAACAUCAAAGUUUGGAUUUGUGUUUCUGAAAAUUUCUCUGUCCAGAGGAUUUUGUGCUCCAUCAUAGAAUCUAUUACAAAAGCAAAACAUGAUUGCUUGAAUUUAGAUGUAACAGAAAGAAAGGUGCAAGAAUUGUUGCAAGGUAAAAGAUAUUUUCUAGUUUUGGAUGACGUGUGGAGGAAAAAUGAAGAAAUGAAAUUUGGUUUAACCCAAGACAAAUGGAAUAAGCUGAAAUGUGUGUUGUCAUGUGCAUCCAAAGGAGCUUCUAUUUUAGUAUCCACUCGUGAUAUGAAGGUUGCAGCAAUUAUGGGAACGUGCCAAGCUCAUCAUUUGUGCGGUCUCUCAGAGGAUGAAUGUUGGAUGCUCUUCAAACAAUAUGCAUUUGGAACUGAAAAAGAAGAGCGUGCAGAGCUGGUACCUAUUGGAAAAGAGAUAGUAAAGACGUGCGGAGGAUCACCUCUUGCAGCACAAGCACUAGGAGGUCUCUUGUUCUCAAGGUCUGAGGAAAAGGAAUGGCUUGAAGUUAUGGAAAGUGGGCUUUGGAAUUUAGAAGGUGAAAAUUCUAUUUUGGCUGCCUUGAGAUUGAGCUACUUUCAUUUAACGCCAACAUUAAGGCAGUGUUUUGCAUUUUGUGCCAUAUUUCCCAAAGAUACAGAAAUCAUGAAGGAAGAUUUGAUACAUCUUUGGAUGGCUAAUGGGUUUAUUUCAUCUAGGGCAAACUUGGAGGUUGAAGAUGUUGGCAAUAUGAUUUGGAAUGAAUUGUAUCAAAAAUCAUUCUUUCAAGAUAUGAAGUUGGUUGAUUAUUCAGAUGUUAUUCAUUUCAAGAUGCAUGAUCUUGUCCAUGAUCUUGCUCUUUCAAUAAUGGGGCAAGAGUGCAUGGUUUUGGGAAACACAAACAUGACAGAUUUGUCAACAAGCACCCACCAUGUUAGCUUUGACUCUGGUAUGGAUGUAUUGUCACUCCACAAAAGUGCCUUGAAGAAAGUUGAAUCCUUGAGAACAUUUUACCAGUUAAAAGUCUCCAACAACGUUUCUGGUUGCAUCCCAAUACACUGCAGCACUCUUCGGGUAUUACGCACAAGUUCUUUUAAUUUAUCACCACUCAAGAAUUUAAUUCAUUUGAGGUAUUUGGAACUUUUCAAGCUUGAGAUAGAAACCUUGCCCGACUCAAUUUAUAGCUUGCGGAAAUUGGAAAUCUUGAAAUUGAGAUCUUUGAAAAAACUUGUUUGUCUACCUAAAGACUUGACUUGCUUACAGGAUCUUAGACAUCUUGUCAUUGAAGAUUGUUAUUCAUUGUCUUGUAUGUUCCCUAACAUUGGGAAAUUAUCCCGUCUGAGAACGUUAAGUAAGUACAUUGUCAGUUCAGAGAUUGGGCAUAGCCUGGCAGAAUUACAUGACUUAAAACUCAGAGGAAAUUUGCACAUUAAAGGACUAGAAAAUGUUGGCAGUUUAUCCGAAGCUCAAGAGGCCAACUUGAUGGGUAAAAAAGACAUCCACAAAUUACAGUUGAUAUGGGACAAGGAGGUCCACUCAAAGCCAUAUGCUACUAAUCCGAAGCUAGUACUUAAUGCUCUUCAACCUCACUCAAAUCUCAAGAAUUUGAAAAUAGAAUACUCUGCAGGAUUACAAUUACCGACCUGGAUGGAAAUGCUCACCAAUUUAGUUUCUCUAAAGCUUUAUGGAUGCGAGAUGUGUGUGCGGCUUCCCUCACUUGGUAAACUACCAUAUCUAAGAAGAAUUAAAAUAAGUGAAAUGAAUGAUGUGCAGUAUAUGGAUGAUGACGAAUCUGAUGAUGGUGUGGAGGUGAAAGCUUUCCCGUCAUUAGAAAAACUCUCACUAUCAGGAUGCUCAAAGUUAGAGCGGUUGUUGAAAGUGGAAAGAGGAGAGAAUUUCCCCUGUCUUUCUGAUUUGGCAAUUCGUAAUUGCCCUAAACUUGAGUUGCCAAGCUGCUGCAUUCCGUCACUCAAAAAGCUCCAUCUAGAGGAUUAUACUGAUGAUUUACUGAGGUCCCUCUCAUGUUUCAAUGGCCUUACCUCCCUUCGGCUUUACGCUGGCGAUGUAGACCUGACAUCCUUCCCGGUGGGAACAUUGACUUGUCUUCAGACUCUGUGGAUACGUGGUUCCAAGGUAUUGAAGGAAUUACCAAAUGAAAUCUUCAAAAACCUCAACAAUUUGGAGUAUCUGAGCAUCGGGUGGAGCAGCGAGCUGGAGUCUUUACCAGAGCAAGGGUGGGAAGGUCUCCGCUCCCUUCGAACUCUGGGGUUUUGGGAUUGUGGUGAAUUGAAAUCCUUGCCGGAUGGUGUUCGACACCUCACUUCACUCCAGCUUUUGAACAUCUAUUAUUGUAGGAAGCUGGAGUCUUUACCAGAGCAAGGGUGGGAAGGUCUCCGCUCCCUUCGAACUCUGGGGUUUUGGUAUUGUGGUGAAUUGAAAUCCUUGCCGGAUGGUGUUCGACACCUCACUUCACUCCAGCUUUUGAACAUCCGUUAUUGUAGGAAGCUGGAGUCUUUACCAGAGCAAGGGUGGGAAGGUCUCCGCUCCCUUCGAACUCUGCAGAUUUCAGGAUGUGGUGAAUUGAAAUCCUUGCCGGAUGGUGUUCGACACCUCACUUCACUCCAGCUUUUGAGUAUUGCGCACUGCCCAGCAUUAGCCGAGAGGUGUAAAGAGGGAACAGGGGAGGAUUGGGACAAGAUAGCACACGUUUCCAAAGUACAAAUUAUUAAUUCUGAAUUCGGCUUGUAAUUCUAAUUCAACACCAAUUUGGUUACUCUGCUAUUUCUGAUUCAAUUUUUGGUUAAUACCCAAUCGAGGAGCAAAGAAGGGAAAUAAGGAUUGAUUAGUCAUGAUGAAAAGGAGGUGGAAAAGGCCUGCAAUAACAAAGAAAACCAGCAAUGACAGCAAGCUAAAGUUGCAGAAUAUGAAGAACAUGAUGAAAAGGAACUUUUUGUUAACAAUUAUAAUGCUGCAGAGAGUGUGACAUGGAUUUCUCAUGUAUAAUCUUUCCUGAAACUGGAAAAGGUCAUUUCCAAGGUGACCAACAGACAGAAAAAUUGUAGUUGGCACUUCAAGUCUUCAACAGAUGUGAAAGUAAUCAUGGAUGGUUUUUCAGUUCCUGGAAUUAGCCGAAUGGUGUCCAACACCUCACUUCACUCCAGCUUUUGAGAAUUCAGGACUGCCCAACAUUAGCUGAGAGGUGUAAGGAGGGAACAGAGGUGGAUUUGGACAAGAUAGCGCACGUUCCCAAAGUUGAAUUCUGCAACGCGUAAUUUUGCCUAAUGGGGGAGAACUUGAACAACAAUUUGGGUACUCUGCUAUUUCUGAUUCUAUUUUUGGUUAAUACAUAUCAGAUGUCUUUGAUCUUCCUUUUGGAGACUGGAUUCCCUGACCAACUCUCAAUCGAGUGCUCAAAAGAACCCUUCAAAUGGAGAGGCAGCCAACCCAGGGAGAGAAGCUUUCGGCCAUAAAAGCAAACUGUCAAAUUGAGCUUUCUCUAGAUGAAUGUGUGAUGAUUCUCAGUCAUAAGAGAGAAUUCCACAGGCUCCCUUGAAGACCUUAUAGAUAUUGCUUCUAAGUAUGAAGAUGAUGAAUCCACAGUUCCUCGAUGAAACACCAGAUUCUAAUUCCAUGCACCACCAUUCAGGCACAGAUGAUAGUUUAAAAGAUAAAUUAUUUACCAUGUUCCUUUUAAUAUUUUGGUUGUAUUGAUUUCACCAUUUGGUUCCUCACUGAAUGUGAUUAGUGGAUGUUUGGAAAUACAAUAUAUUUUUCACAUUGGGGUGAGAUUGUGAGAACUUAAUAGUUGACUGACUCUAACAUAAAUCUGUCUCUGAUCUCUCUGCUCA